AGCUGGGAGCAGCCCCCCUGUUAAGUAGCAGAUUGUGUGGAGAGUCUUCCCACUUGGAAAGAGGCUCGCGACGCGUCUGGGAACCAAAAACCCGCUGAGCGCUCUGACUUCAACACCGGACCACCUCACUCUCCCGCUCCUCAGGCUGGGGUCUACAACAGAGAUUUAACCUUUUUUAUUUUAUUUUUUUUUAAAAACCAAAGCAAAAAAUUCCUACAGUCUCCUCUCUAGCUUCAUUCAUGUGCUGCUGAGCUGAGGAGCUGAAGAUGAAGUGCAGGCUGUCUCUGGCGGCGGCUGCCCUCCUGGCACUGCUGCUGUCCUCCUCUCAGGCCCAGAAACCAGUCAACCCUCCAUCAGAUUUGAGGUUUAAGAUUUUAAAUGAGAACACAGUGCAAAUGAUCUGGAGCAGACCACAGUCAAGGAUACAGGGCUACAGAAUACAAGUGACCUCAGACACAGAUGAACCAACAAAAGAAUUUACUCUUCCUGCAUCUGCAACUAAGACCUCCAUCUCAGACCUGACUCCGAAUGUGGAUUAUUCCGUAACGAUAUCUGCAUACGCCGGAUCAGAGGAGAGUCUACCCAUCACCGGCCAGAUCACACUUGAGUCAGGUGGCAGACCAUCCAAGAAGCCAGACCCUACAGAUUCAGUCAAAUGCUCUGUGAGCGCUGUCGCCGAUGUGGUGUUUUUGGUGGAUGGCUCCUGGAGCGUGGGCAGGCCGAACUUCAAAUAUAUCCGCAACUUCAUCUCGGCGGUGGCCGGAGCCUUCCAGAUCGGAGCGGACAAAACCCGCGUGGGGGUGUUUCAGUACAGCGACACCCCCAGACAAGAGUUUAACCUGAAGGAACACAUGACACGACCGGCGCUGCUGCGGGCCAUCAGCACACUGCCGUACAAAGGAGGAAACACCAUGACAGGCGAUGCCCUGAACUACAUCCUGAAAAACGCUUUCACCGAGGCGGCCGGCGCCAGGAUGGGUUUUCCCAAAGUGCUGGUGAUCGUCACAGAUGGCACAUCUGAGGAUCCAGUGGAGAGUUACGCCAAGCAGCUCAGGAGCACAGGGGUGGAGAUCUUUGUCCUCGGUGUCAAAGAGGCCGACGAACCUGAGAUGAAGCUGAUGGCCACCGCUCCUUACAGAAAUCACAUCUUUAAUGUCGCCAACUUCGACUUGAUCAAGAAUGUGCAGAAAGAGUUCAUUACUCAGGUGUGUGCUGGUGUUGACGAUCAACUCAGCUCACUCGUCAGCGGAGAGGAAGUCAUUGAGCCAGCCUCUAACCUCCAAGUCCUGGAGGUGUCCUCAAAGUCCUUACGGGUCGUGUGGGACCCCUCCAUCGGGGACAUCUCCGGGUAUAAGGUGCAGAUGAAUCCCAUGAUGGCUGGCAGCAAGCGGCAGGAGCUGUACGUGGGCCCGUCUCAGACCUCUGUGGUGGUCAGAGACCUUUCUCCGGACACCCAGUACCAGAUCAGUCUGUUCGCUCUGAAGGGCCUGGCACCCAGCGAGCCCGUCAUGGUCAUGGAGAAGACGCAGCCGGUUAAAGUGUCACUGGAAUGUUCUCUUGGCGUGGAUGUUCAAGCCGACGUCGUCCUCCUGGUUGACGGCUCCUACAGCAUCGGUCUGGCCAACUUUGCUAAAGUGAGAGCUUUCCUGGAGGUGCUGGUGAACACCUUCGACAUCGGGCGAGAUAAGGUUCAGAUCAGCUUGGUCCAGUACAGCAGGGACCCCCACACCGAGUUCUACCUGAACUCUCACCAUGACCUGGCCGCUGUGGUCAAGGCUGUGAGGACUUUCCCCUACAGAGGUGGCUCCACCAACACCGGCAGGGCCAUGACCUACGUGAGGGAGAAGAUCUUCCAGGGCAGCAGGGGAGCACGAGCCAACGUUCCUCGCGUUACCAUCCUCAUCACUGACGGGAAGUCGUCCGACGCCUUCCAGGAUCCGGCCACCAAGCUGAGGAACGCUGAUGUGGAGAUCUUCGCGGUGGGUGUUAAGGAUGCCGUACGAUCUGAGCUGGAGGCCAUUGCCAAUACGCCUGCAGAGACCCACGUGUACACUGUGGAGGACUUCGACGCUUUCCAGAGAAUUUCCAAAGAACUCACUCAGUCUAUCUGCCUGAGAAUCGAGCAAGAACUGCGCAACAUCUUACAGAGACAACUGGUGCAACCGAAGGGCCUGUCCUUCUCAGACGUCGGCGCCAAGAGCUUCAGGGCCUCGUGGGAGAUCGACGCCAACAACGUCGAGUCCUAUUUGGUCAAGUUCAAGCCGGAGGAUGAUGCCGACAGCCAUUAUGUUUCCAUAUCUGUGCCCGGGGACACACUCACCACCCUAAUCCCCUACCUCAACCCGCUCACCCGCUAUGAAGUCAACAUUUUCGCUCAUUAUGAGAAAGGGCAGAGCUUGCCUGUGCAAGGCUUUGAGACCACUUCAGAAGAACAAGGCCCGGUGCGUAACCUGAGAGUAUCUGAAGAGACAACAGACAGCUUCAGAGUAACGUGGCAGCCAGCUCCAGGAAGCGUCAUUCGUUACCGCCUGACCUAUGAGCCCGUUGGGGACGAGAGCUCGAGGCUGGAGACGACCACCGAUGGCCCGGAGACAACGAUUGUGCUCCGGCAGCUUCGGCCCCAAACCACCUACCGCGUCACCGUCACUCCUGAGUACCAGUCCGGCCCCGGAGCGCCACAGCAGACCGACGGCACCACCAAAGAAGACGUGGGCCCUCCUAAAAACCUGGUCACCAGCGACGUGACUGACACCAGCUUUAGCGCAUCGUGGACGGCGGCGCCCGGAAACCCAAGGACGUACCUCGUUCGGUGGAAGUCGUUGUUUUCUGAGGAAGCGGGACAGAAAAGCGUACCAGGAGACACCACCAGCACCGUGUUGGAUGGCCUGACUCCGGAGACGCUCUACCAGGUGUCUGUGGUCGCCGACUACGGUUACAAAGCCAGCGAGCCGCUCACUGGACAGGAAACCACCGAUGCCUCUGCCGCCGGUAAAAGACUAACCGUGUCAGACGAGACAGAGCGAACCAUGAAGGUCGCAUGGAUGCCGGCGCCGGGCAAGGUGCUCAACUACAGGCUGAAGUAUGUCCCAAGUAAUGGCGAAGGCAAGGAAGUGGCCCUGAAAAUCCCCGGGACGGCCACUUCCACCGUCAUGAAGCGCCUGCAGCCCAUGACCACUUACGACAUCGCCGUUCACCCCAUCUACAAGCGCGGGGAAGGAAAAGCAAGGCAAGGAGUAGGAACGACACUGUCGCCCUACAAGCCUCCCAGGAACCUCCAGACCUCAGAGGCCACCAAGAACAGUUUCAGAGUCACUUGGAAAGCAGCGCCCGGACCGGUUAAAGCCUACAAAGUGACCUUUCACCCCACCGGGAAUGAUAUCGAACUCGGGGAGCUGCUUGUGGGUCCCUAUGAUAACACAGUGGUUCUAGAGGAACUCAAGGCAGGAACAAAGUACUCGGUGGCCGUGUUUGGGAUGUUUGAUGGAGGGGAGAGUUUGCCCCUGGCAGGAGAGGAGAAGACGACCCUCUCCGACGCUCCUGAGCCUCCUACUGUCACCCCCCCUGACACUCAGUGUAAGACCACAGCAAGGGCCGACAUGGUGCUGCUGGUCGACGGCUCCUGGAGCAUCGGCCGCAUCAACUUCAAAACCAUUCGCAACUUCAUCGCCCGAAUGGUCAGCGUCUUCGACAUCAGCCCUGACAGGGUCCAGAUCGGUCUGGCUCAGUACAGCGGAGACCCAAAGACCGAGUGGCAUCUGAACGCCCACCCCACCAGGGCGUCCCUGCUGGACGCCGUCAACAACCUCCCGUACAAAGGAGGAAACACCAUGACAGGAAUGGCUCUGAACUACAUCCUGCAGAACAACUUCAAACCCAAUGUUGGUCUGCGAGAUGACGCCCGCAAAAUUGGCGUCCUGAUCACUGACGGAAAGUCCCAGGACGAAAUCAUCAUCAACUCCCAGAACCUGAAGGACAGCGGCAUCGAGCUCUACGCUAUCGGUGUGAAGAAUGCCGAUGAGAACGAGCUGAGGACCAUCGCCUCCGAGCCGGACGAGAUUCACAUGUACAACGUCAACGACUUCCAGUUCCUGCUGGACAUCGUCGACGACCUCACCAUCAACCUGUGUAACAGCGUCAAGGGUCCAGCAGUUGAAAUGAGUCCGCCCAACAACCUGGUGACCUCGGAGGUGACCCACCGCUCCUUCCGUGCCACCUGGACGGCGCCCGGCAGCCCCGUGGACAAGUAUCGCGUCACUUACGUGCCGGUGGCCGGAGGAACCACCGAGGAGCUGCUGGUCGACGGGACGGUGACCACUGUGGUGCUGGAGAACCUGAACCCUCUGACCGAGUACCUGGUCAACGUUUACUCCUUGGUCGGCGAGGCGAGCAGCGAGCCUCUGAAGGGCACCGAGACCACCUUGCCGCUGUCUGCCGUGAGGAACAUGAACGUUUAUGACGAGACCUUAAGCACCAUGAGGGUGAGAUGGGAGGAGGCGGACGGCGCCACGGGUUACAUGCUGCUGUACAAAGCCAUCAACGCCACCGAGCCCCAGCUGGAGAAAGAGAUGCGAGUUGGCGGAGACGUAACGAGCGUCCAGCUGGUGCAGCUGAUACCCAACACGGCGUACUCCAUCACACUGUACGCCCUGCACGGAGAAGCGGCCAGCGACCCCCUGGAGGGGACGGGAGUCACCUUGCCCAUGCCUCCUUCUGGAGCCCUGAGAAUCACCGACGUCACUCACAGCACCAUGAAGCUCAACUGGGACGCAUCUCCCGGACCCGUCCGCAAGUACAUGAUCACCUACAAACCGGAGGGCGGAGACUUCAAAGAUGUUGAAGUGAGCGGUGACAUCACCACCCUGGACCUGACCAACCUCAUCUCCCAGACCGAGUACGAUGUGGCCGUCACCCCGAUCUAUGACGAGGGACCUGGAACCCCGAUGCUGGGAACCGCUAUCACAGAUGUUGUUCCGGCCCCCAAGAACCUGCGGUUCUCCGAGGUCACCCAGACCUCGUUCAGGGCCACCUGGGAUCACGGGGCCCCGGACGUGGCCCUCUACCGCAUCGGCUGGACCAAGAAGGGGGAGACCAACUUCCAGUUUGCCAUCCUGAAUAGCGACGAGACCUCGCACGUUCUGGAGAACUUGGACCCUGACACCGAGUACGCUGUCACCGUCACGGCCAUCUACCCGGACGAGUCGGAGAGCGAGGACCUGAUGGGAAGCGAGCGCACAUUGUUAAAGGCUCCGGAUGUGCCUCCGCCACCUCCAAAAAACCUGAGGGUUUUCAACGCCACCAUCUACACGCUGACGGCGAAGUGGGACGCCGCCCCCGGCCCCGUGCAGAACUACAAGAUCACCUACAGUCCCACAGCUGGAGGCGAGCCCAUCUCGAUGCAGGUUGGCGGGAAGAAGACCAGCCUCAUCCUGCAGAAGCUCCAGCCCGACACGCCGUACACCGUCUCCGUGGCGGCCGUGUAUCCCACCGGCAUCAGCUCAGACAUCUCCGCAGAUGGACGAACCAAACCUCUGGGUGGAGUGAGGAAUCUGCAGGUGCUGAACCCGACCAUGACCACCCUGAACGUGCGCUGGGAGCCCGCCGAGGGCAGAGUGAAGGAAUACAAGAUCACUUACGUCCCUGCCGCCGGAGGAGCCGAGAGCAUGGAAACAGUGACACCAGGUACCACCACCACCAUCCUGCGGGGCCUGCAGCCCGACACCCUCUACACCGUCUCCCUGGUCCCGGUCUACGCUGAGGGAGAGGGAAAGACGAUGUCUGAAAAUGGAAAGACAAGGCCACUGGGAGGCGUGAAGAACCUGAGGGUGACCAACCCCACCAUGACCUCUCUGACUGUGGACUGGGACCCGGCCGAUGGCGCCGUUCGCCUCUACAAGGUCUUCUUUGUGCCUGUCGCCGGGGGCCGAGAGGAGAUGGAGCAAGUUCCCGCAGGCACCACCAACACCAUCCUCAGGAACCUGAUGCCCGACACGCUGUACACGGUGUCGGUGUUACCGGUUUACCCGGCCAGGGAGGGAAAACGCCAGUCUGAGAACGGAAAGACAUUGCCUUUGGGCGGAGUGGGCAACAUGAAGGUGACCAACCCGACCAUCACCACUCUCACGGUCACCUGGAAUCCCGCCGAUGGAAACGUUCAGGGCUACAAAGUGAUCUACACCCCUGCCGACGGAGGAAUGGAGAUUGUGGAGCAAGUGUCGGAGAGCACCACCACCACCGUCCUGGACAAGCUUCUGCCGGACACCCGCUACAGCGUCACCGUGGUGCCCGUCUAUGCAGAGGGAGACGGACCCAGCCUGUCCGACAGCGGCAAGACGAAGCCGCUGGGUUUUGUGAGAAACCUGCAGGUUACCGAUCCCACCACCAGCACCCUGAACGUCCGCUGGGAGCCCGCCGAGGGGAACGUACGCGAAUACAUCGUGAUCUGGGUGCCAGCGGCCGGAGGAGACCAGGAUGUGGAUCAGGUGUCAGGAACCACCACCACCACCGUCCUGAAGAACCUGGAUCCGGACACCGAGUACACCGUCACAGUGGUGCCCGUCUACCACGAGAUGGAGGGCAAAUCGCAGUCUGAAAACGGGAAAACGAAUCCUUUGGGUGGAGUGAAGAACCUGAGGGUGACCGACCCGACCAUCAACACCCUGACGGUGCGCUGGGAUCCCGCGGUCGGCAACGUGCGCAGCUACAAAGUCUCCUACACCGCCGAGCCGGGAGGAGAGGAACGAACGGAGGAGGUGUCGGGCGGCACCACCAACACCGUCCUCAGGAACCUGGACCCCGACACCGUCUACAACGUGGCUGUUGUUCCCGUCUACCCGGACGUGGAGGGCAUACGACAGGCUGAGAAGGGAAAGACAAAGCCUCUGGGCGGAGUGAAGAAUCUUCAGGUGACCGACCCCACCACCAACUCCCUGAGGGUCCGCUGGGAGCCGGCCGACGGCGACGUCCGGCAGUACCACAUCGUCUACGUCCCCGCCACCGGAGGAACCGAGAGCAUGACUCAGGUGUCCGGGAUGUCGACGAACACGGUUCUGAGAGACCUGCAGCCGGACACAGAGUACAAAGUGACGCUGGUGCCUAUCUACUCCGACGUGGAGGGGAAGCGCGUGUCGGAGAACGGAAAGACGAAGGCUCUAGGCGGAGUGAAGAAUCUGCAGGUCACCGAUCCCACCACCAGCUCCCUCAAGGUGCGCUGGGACCCGGCCGAGGGCAACGUCCGUCAGUACCGCAUCUUCUACACCCCCGCUUCCGGCGGCGCUGAGGACAUGGAGCAGGUGUCAGGCGGCACCACCAACACCGUACUGAGGAACCUGCUGUCGGACACUCCCUACACCGUGACCGUGGUUCCGGUUUACCCGGAGGGAGAAGGUCUGCGCCAGUCCGACGACGGAAAGACACUCCCACGCACGCCACCGAGGAACAUCCAGGUGUACAACCCCACCCCCAACAGUCUGAAUGUGCGCUGGGAGCCCGCCACAGGCCAGGUUCAGCAGUACCGGGUGACUUAUUCCCCCCUGACCGGAACCAGACCCGCGGAGUCGGUCCUGGUGUCAGGAAACAUCAACAACGCCUUCCUGGACAACCUGAUCCCGGAUACGCCCUACACCAUCAGUGUCGCAGCGCUGUACGCCGACGGAGAGGGACGGCCGGUGACCGGCAGCGACAAAACACUGCCCCGUGCCGGUCCCCGGAACAUGCGAGUGUUCGAUGCCACCACCAGCACCCUCACCAUCAACUGGGACCACGCAGAGGGACCUGUGAGGCAGUACAGGAUCGGCUACGCCCCCAUGACCGGAGACCCCAUCACUGAGUUUACCGUGGUUCCUGGAAACAGAAACAACGCCAUGCUGCAGAACCUGGUCCCCGACACCCCAUACAACAUCACAGUGGAGGCCAUCUACGCCGAGGGGCCUGGAGGGUUACUCAAUGGAAACGGACGCACAGUCGGCCUGCUGAGUCCCAGAAACCUUCGCGUCUCGGACGAGUGGUACACCCGGUUCAGGGUGGCCUGGGACCCGGUGGGGGCUCCUGUCCAGGGUUACAGACUGAUCUACUCUCCUGAAGGUGAGCGGACAGGCACAGACCAGCCCAUCGAUAUCUUCGUGGGCGACGUGACCUCCUACACUCUGCACAACCUGCAGCCUGGAACCACCUACGAUGUCAAAGUGAUUGCUCAGUACACCGGCGGCAUGAGCACGCCGCUCGACGGACAGGGAACAACACUCUACCUGAACGUGACCAACAUCGAGACCUACAACGUUGGUCACGACAAGUUCUGCAUCAAAUGGACUCCUCACAGGGCGGCGACGUCAUACCGCAUCAAACUCAACCCUCAGGACCCCUCCAGUAAAGGACAACAUGAGAUCACCAUCCCCGCCGGCCUGCCUCAGUACUGCUUUGACGGACUUUCUCCCGACGCUCUGUACACCGCCACCGUCUUCGUUCAGACCCCCAACCUGGAGGGACCAGGGGUCAGCGCCAAGGAGAGAACAUUGGUGAAGCCGACUCCGGUUCCAACGCUCCCGCCGACCCCGACACCUCCACCCACCAUCCCCCCCGCGUGGGCAGUUUGCAAAGGUGCCAAAGCAGAUGUGGUGUUCCUCAUCGACGGCUCCUGGAGUAUCGGAGAGGAGAGCUUCAACAAAGUCGUUAACUUCGUCUUCGGCAUGAUCGGCGCCUUCGAUGUCAUCGGACCGUCCGGGAUGCAGGUGUCGUUCGUGCAGUACAGCGAUGACGCAAAGACAGAGUUCAGGCUGAACGCGUACCAAGACAAAGGUGUCGCCAUGUCUGCACUUCAUCACAUUCGCUACAGAGGAGGAAACACCAAGACAGGAGUGGCUCUGAAACACACCUACGACAAGGCCUUCUCAAUGGAAAAUGGAAUGAGAAGAAACGUCCCCAAGGUUGUCGUGGCGAUCACAGACGGACGCUCUCAGGACGAGGUGAAGAAGAACGCCGCCAAGCUUCAGCACGCAGGUUACAGCGUUUUUUCCAUCGGUGUUGCCGACGUGGAUUUCGUGGAGCUGCAGUCGAUCGGCAGCAAACCCAGCGAGAGGCACGUCUUCGUCGUGGACGACUUUGAUGCUUUCGACACCAUCAAAGAAAACCUGAUCACCUUCAUCUGUGAAACCGCAACAUCAUCCUGUCCUUUGAUUUUCCUGAACGGAUUCACUUCACCUGGCUUCAGGAUGCUCGAGGCGUUCAACCUGACAGAGAAGACCUACAGUUACGUCAAAGGCGUCUCCAUGGAGCCGGGCUCCUUCAACAGCUACACAGCGUACAGACUCCACAAGAACGCCUUCCUCUCUCAGCCCACAACAGAGAUCCACCCUGACGGCCUUCCCCACGCCUACACCAUCAUCCUCAUGUUCCGCCUCCUCCCCGACUCGCCCACCGAGGCCUUCGACAUCUGGCAGGUGUCGAGCAAGGACCACAAGCCAGAGACCGGACUCACUAUCGACCCCUCCAGCCAGACCGUGUCCUUCUACAACAAAGACGAGCGCGGCGAGAUCCAGAGGGUGACGUUCGACAGCGCUCAAGUGAAGAGGAUGUUCCACGGGAGCUUCCACAAGCUCCAUAUCCUGGUCUCAUCCACCAGCGUCAAACUCAACAUCGACUGCCAAGAAGUGGCUGAGAAGGAGAUCAAGGCCGCUGGAAACACGUCCAGCGAUGGCUACCAGGUUCUGGGCAAGAUGUCCAAGUCCAUCGGCUCCAAAGGAGAAUCAGCAACUUUCCAGCUCCAGAUGUUCGAUAUUGUCUGCAGCUUGGGCUGGACCAGCAGAGACAGAUGCUGUGACCUCCCCUCCAUGAGAGAUGAGCUGAAGUGUCCGUCUCUCCCCAACUCCUGUACCUGCACCUCAGAGGCCAACGGGCUCCCAGGGCCUCAGGGUCCAGUGGGUGCCCCCGGCAGCAAAGGUCCCCGAGGUGAGAGAGGAGAGGCUGGUCCUGUCGGACCGCUCGGCCCGCGGGGAGAUCUCGGACCACCUGGGCCCAUGGGUCUGCCCGGCCCUCAAGGACCCAGCGGGAUGUCGAUUCCAGGAGAGGCUGGCCGCCCUGGACCAAAGGGAGACCCCGGUGACUCUGGCUUACCUGGACAAAAAGGCUCACCUGGUCCUCCCGGUGCCGUCGGCCCGAUCGGACCAGCUGGAGUGAGAGGCCCUCAAGGAAAGGAAGGACCGGCUGGACCCAGAGGCCCCGCAGGGCCCAUGGGACCUCCAGGAUCUCCAGGAAUACCAGGUGCUGCAGGAAAACCAGGAAAGCCCGGAGACUCCGGUCCUUCUGGUGCUAUCGGCCCCAAGGGAGACAAGGGAGAGAGAGGCGACUUCGCUCCUCAGAACAUGAUGCGGUCCAUUGCCAGACAAGUUUGUGAGCAGCUGGUAAACGCACAAAUGACUCGAGUCAACACGUUACUGAACCAGAUCCCCAACGGCAUGCACCGCAACAAUCACCCAGGACCUCCGGGGCCUCCCGGACCUACUGGCAGGCAGGGACCCCGCGGAGAGCCAGGCGCCACGGGAAGGAACGGCUUCCCGGGAAGUCCAGGUUUACCUGGGCAGCAGGGAGAGAGAGGUCCUGCAGGAGAGAAAGGCGACCGAGGAGUGUCAGGAGUUGGACAGAAGGGACCCAGAGGGCCAGCAGGUCCCCAAGGAGAAAGCAGGACAGGACCCCCAGGCCCUUCAGGCUCCGCUGGACCUCGCGGCCCCCCCGGACGUCCAGGAUACGCCGGAGUGCGUGGACCUCCCGGACCUCCCGGAUACUGCGACUCUUCUCAGUGCGUCGGUAUUCCUUACAACGGGCAAGGAUACGUAGGUUCACCAUAGUAGACUUUCUGUGCCGCCUGUGCUGCUUUCACUGACUUCCUGAAAAAAAAAAAAACUCAAAGCCCUGUAACUGAAACCCUUGCUCACAUGCUCUAGAGCUGUUUAAAGGAUAACCGCCAAAGGAAACCAUUAACAAACUAUGCUGAAAAACAACAACAACAAAGAGGGAACCAGUACUAACAACGACUCACAGCCAGUAGAACAAACCCCACCAGCAGCAGCGGUGACGGUACCGGCCUGUUUAGUGGCCUGUUUGCAUCUUGAAGCCAAAGACCAAACAAAGAAAACCUUGUGUUCAGUGGAGGAGCAUGCACCAAACAACAACAACAACAAACAACCAGCAAAUACUAACAAAGGUGGAUUUGUAACAGAGACACAAGUGCACCCACCACAGCAUCACCAGCAACAACAGCAGCAACAACUCUGUUAACAGCAUUUCUCUCGAGGUGACGUGUAAAUAAACUAAUUUGUGCCUUGUAAAUGAUGUUUGAACCAAGUCCACUAAAUUUACUUUUUAACAUCUGUAGUUUUAAAGCUUGUGCCUUGCAAACAACAACCUGCUGCUUGCUGAAUGCCAACAAACGCCUCUUUUUUUAUUUUCCUGCCCAUGUGUUUGUAGCUGUUUUGAACUGCUCAGGGCCAGACUGAAUCACUUCUGCACAUGUGACCCUGAAGGUUGAGAUUUUACACUUCAUGUACAAAAAAAAAAAAAGAAUCCAGCUUUUCUCUUUUUUUUUGGUUUUAUUUUACUUUUCUCCCCAAAAAACCAGCUCAACUGUAUCUGUGUGUUUCUGACAAACUAACAAUGCGGCGCCGCAGGAGUUUCUCCGCGCGCUGGUAGAAGAAGUCGUACUUGAUUUUAAUGUCGAAGUGUUUUGUUGUUUUAUUUUGUAAAUGAAUGAGUUGUGGAGAAAUGACUCUGUAACCACACAAACACCUGUAACAUCAGCAAGUGAAAAGAUACAAGCACUGAGGUGUUCACCAGGGGCGUGUCCAAGGACAGAGGGGGCGGGGUCACAGCGGUGAUGUCUCGGCCAAUCAUAGUCCAUCAGGAGGCGUGUUGGAGGGAGAUCUCAGGUUAAAGAUUAUUUAUUUUUGGAGAAAACAUCACCACACGGUCAGUUAAGUAGUUGUUCUGGAGCUUUUAGUCACAUCACAUGAUCUUCUUUUUGAGCGUGUUGCGCCAUAGAAAUCAGCAAUGACUGUUUCAUCGCAGCCGCUCACUACAACAGUGUUCAGUUACAAAGUCAAAGGUCAUUUAAUGAUAAAGCUCUUACUCAGAUGAAGCUGCUGCACCGCGACACUUCAGGGUUAGUUUUCACUUCCAACAUGUGAAGUAACUAAAGUCGUCAGUAACUAAAGAUCAAAGAUCUCUGAGCGCCUUUGGUUCAGAGACAGAAACAUUUUCACAGUUUGUAGAAACAACCUGACGAUGACACAAACUCACCUGUAUGAGAUAUUAAAUAUUAAGUAUUGAACACACCUUGUUUCUUGGUACAGAUAAUCAAGGUUGUGAUUCUUUAGUAAUAAUAAGUUUAAAUUAUUGAUAGCUUUAGAGAUUCAUCCUCCCUCUUCAUGUACAUGAGUCCAAACACCAGAUAAACUUUAACUGUAGCUGAUGCAAAGUUCAGACGUUGUUUCACUGACACAGAUAAAACAAAAAGCUGCGACCUGAAUGUUUUCUACAUUUCUUAUUGAUAAGAGACGAGUUCACGAUUCAAUAGGAACCUUCAGGAAUUCGGUGGAUUUUACACAGUGACACAAACACAUAAUUCAUCUGUAGUGUGAACGAGCAGCUGGUGCAGCAGCUGCUGAUCAAAUGAACAAGGGUUUAAAAUAUUGAAGUUAACAGACCUUCUAGUUCCCGCUCUUUUUAGCUGAUUUUGAAACAGGAUAACUUCGACCGGCUGAUUGUGUGUUAGUUUAUCUCCAGACCACUUCCUGAUUGACACUUUCACAAACUAGUGCAUUAUAAAAAAUAUGAAUAAAUUUGGCUCUCACACAACCAACUCCCUCAAACACCCCCAGAAACACAGUGGACACGCCCCUGCUGUUGACCAACCAGCUGUAUCAGUGCUGCAGCUUUAGUCACAUAGAAAAACUACAUUUCAACCCGUUCUUUUUGUGCAUGCUGAGAAAAACUGAGAGAAAAAUUUGCCACUUUGUGCUCAAUUGGCCCAAACACUAUCUCCGAGCAGGCCAGUACCCUCCUGAACCCGACACCCGAGUAGAGCCAGAGCCCGAGGAGGAUGAGGUGUCGCAAUACCAGCGUCGAAAGAGAUCACUAUCAAGAAAGGCGUCCAACAGGCUAACAUCAUAAGACAAGCCAUGUUCUCUUUUCUUCUUUCUUUUCCUUUGUUCAACCUGUGUUUGUUGUUGGAAUGAUGCACAUUACACACAGAAAUUAAACAAAAAAAAAAAACGGGGUUUGACACCUCGACUUUAUUGGAAAAUACCUUUAAAUGCCUUAAAACGUAUGUGAAUAUUCAUUUUUGUGGCAGGUGAAGGGUUUGGACGGAGGGGGGGAGAGUUUGGGAGCAAAAUUUAAAAAAAAAAUGGAAGAAAAAAAACGUAAGACUCCAUGAAAAAACCUGUGAGCUUUCUUUUUCCACUUGUGUUUUUGCUUGUAACAUAUUUGCAUCGAGUUUGUAUGAACUAGCAGUGUUGAACAGUGCACUCAUUGUAACAAAGCUAGCAUGGUAGAGGAGGAAUGAAAUGUUUGUUCACAGUGUCGCGACAUCAGAUAAGAUUGUUUUUGUUUAGUUUUUUUUCCUGUCACACUUCAUCAGUAUGUUCAGUAUAAUCCUCGUCAUCAGUGUCGUCUCGUAAGGAGGUUCAGUUUCAUUAUGGCAGUUAAACACAGCUUUCAUUUUGUAUCUCUAGACUUAAUAUUUAUCAGUUUUCCUUUAUUCCGUCACAGCUAAUUUUACCAAAGGUGGAAUUGCAUGUCUGUGGUGUAUAUUUAGUAUGUUUUUUUUUUUUUUGUUUUGUUUUUUUUUGUUACCAUUCAAUUUUGUUUUAACCAGAAUAUAGUUGUUGUCAUUCUUGUCAUUUUCUCAGUAUCGAAUGCAGUCGAAACCUGCGUGCAAGACUAUGGAAAUGGUGUUGCUGCUUCAUGUUUGAACUGCAGAUUGUGAAUUCCACAGCCUUAUUUUCUUAUUUAUUUCUGAAAACAGAAGAGGCAUUUUUCAAUAAAACUACUGAAAAUUUA